AUGGUUGGUUUGGAUACUAACACAUCCGCAGAUGGAGAAUGCCAUGCCGAGAACACACAGCCCAGCGGACUGCCAGCGCUCAAGAGUAUCCUGAUGACUGGUGGAAGCUGGUUUGUCCGCCAUAUGAUACAAGUAUACGGCGACUGUUAUGAUGUGGUUUGUUUGGGUAACCUCGAUUACUACACCUCGACGAAGAACCUUGAGGAUGUAGAGGAUGUUCUCCAUACCUACCGUAUCGGUCCUAUUCUCCACUUCGCUGCUAGAUCCCGUGUCGACACACCACUCAGCGUCCCUUUCCCUAGUGCCUUCAUCGAGGAGCAAACCUUCUACCGAACAAACCCAUGCUCAGCCAGAAAGGCUGCGACCGAGAUGAUAACUCUGGCAUGUCUAGAGUCGUUUCGCAUCAUUUCGCAUGCGAGGCGGAAAAUGCCGGUCCAACGAGAUGGCCGCGCCGUGCUCUGGUUAAUUUUCCGUAAGGGAAGCGACGGCGAAACGUACAACACCUCCUCCAUUACUCAUCUACAGUAUUCCCAACAUGCACUGGAUCGAUAGUUCGAAGCUGUGGGCGCUUGGAUGGAAGUAACGGGCCAGCUUUAACGACGCGCUACGGGCGACGAUCGAUUGGUUGUGCCUGGACAGCGAGAGCUUUUGGUCAAUUUUGGUUGGCUUGGAUAGCGGGAUCAAUAAAGGCAAUCAUAAUUGAGUUAUGCAAACUUAGAAUGGGCGCUUUGUCAAAUUGGUGGAGCAAUAGUUAAG